AUGACGUCCCCCAAAUUCCAGUACCCCAUUGUUGAUGUUUGGGCCAACCUUCCAGGGCUAGGUGCAGCCAUCCCUGAAGUGUCUCGACUUUUCGCGUAUAGUCACUCCGAUCCAGAAAUCGCCAACAAGAGGAAGUCUCCAAGAGAAGUUGUUGCGCUCAUGGACGAAGCCGGAGUCACUCACAUUUGCCUUUCGGCGUGGAGUCGUCCGGGGCAAAUGAUCUUCUCGAAUGAGGAAGUUGCCCAGUACACUCGGGCCUAUCCAGAUCGAAUCUUUGGGCUCGCAGCCGUCGACCUUCAUAACCCCGUUGAGGCGGUCAAAGUGCUGGAGCAUUAUGUGAAGAAGGAAGGCUUUGUGGGGCUGAGGGUGGUGCCCUGGCUCUGGAACCUUGCCCCGACUGACCCUCAUUAUUGGCCCCUCUACGUCAAGUGCAUCGAGCUUGACGUGCCCUUCCUGACCCAAGUCGGUCACACGGCGCCAGCUUGCCCAAGCGAAGUUGGACGCCCGAUCCCGUACAUCGACACAAUCGCACUCAAGUUCCCGGCUCUCAAGAUAAUCAUGGGCCACAUUGGUUAUCCGUGGGCCGCGGAGACAGUGGCCGUUGCGUGGAAGCACGCCAACGUCUACAUUGACACCAGCGCGUGGUCGCCCAAGUACUAUGCCCCAGAGUUCAUAACAUUCGCCAACACGACCGGCAAGUCGAAGGUCAUGUUUGCGACCAAUUUUCCGCAGCUUGGGCUUAAGGAUUGCGUAGAAAAUGUGAAGAACCAUCUCGUGGCCGAGGAAGGAGGGCUUAGAAAGGAAUCUGUCGAGAGCUUUAUGGGAGGGAACGCGCUUCGGGUUCUGAAACUACCACCGGUGAACUUGGCCAAGUUGAAGGCCAAUCUCUAA